ACAUGGUCAGAGGGCGACCCAGGAGAGACAGUAUGAUGGACACAAGCCCUCAGGACUCCAAAAUGCCCAGGUGUCCCCUGACUGAAUUGCUGGGCACCCAGGGGCAGGACAUGGGGCACAUCACCACUUUCUUGGACAAUGUGCAGAUCUUGCUGGAAGCUGCCAGUUACCUGGAGAGACUGGACCAGGACAGAAAAAAAUGUGAACAUGGUUAUGCCUCCAGCUUCCCCUCGAGCGACAGCAUGGAUCUUCACAGCCUUAAAAUGAAAAGGUUAAAAUCCAAGAGGUGCAGUAGUAGUCUAGGAAGCAGCACGAAUAGAUCUACACACAACGAGUUAGAGAAGAAUCGGAGGGCCCACUUACGACUCUGUCUAGAACGACUGAAGGACCUAAUACCCCUAGAACCCGACAGCACCAGGCACACCACCCUGGGACUACUAAACAAAGCCAAACUGCACAUCAAGAAACUUGAAGACACUGCGCGGAAGGGCCAACAUCAGCUGGAGAUCUUGGAAAGGGAACAGCGUUUUUUGAAGAGGAGGUUGGAGCAGCUACAGGGCUGCGGGGAGCCGGAGCGGGUGCGAGCAGACAGUGUUGGUUCCAGCUUGUCGUCUGACCGGUCUGACUCAGAAAGAGAAGAUAUCGAGGUAGACAUCGAAAGCACAGAAUUCUCCCAUUUGGAAGUGGACAGUUCUAGCAGCACCAGCAUCAGCGACCUGGACGACCACAACAGCCGACAAAGCUUGGGCAGCGAUGAGGGAUAUUCCAGCGCCAGUAUCAAGCUGAUAUACCACUCAUAAGAGUCCCUGGCUCCCGGCGGUGGAUUGGACUUAAUGCACACACUCGAAUUUUCAAUCAAAAAAAAAAAAAAUGUUUUUGUUCCUCCCAAUUCUCCCAUCACGAAUGGAGUUGGAAAGUCGUAGGGGAUUUUCUUCUUCUCGUUUUGCUGGACCAAGAACCGUGGACCAGCUUCUUCUCCAAUAACAUAAGGGCAUUCCCCCGAAGAUCACACGACUCCUUCCGUGAUGGAGGUCGUUACGAUGAUGUACAAACUUUUUGAGCACAACUUGAAGACCUAGCUUUACGGCGAUACAUUUUUCCAUACGGAUCUAAAGCUUUCGAGAUGACCAUAGUUGUGGCGCGUUCUUUUGCCUUACUCCGGCACGUUUAGAAGACUUUGAUACAAAAAAUAAAAACUUAACCAUGGAAUGGUGUAAAACAAAAAAAAAAAAAAAAAAGACCUCUUCUCGUUUUGGUCAACGGAGUGAGUCCUUCUCUUUUGGGUCUUGUAGUACCCUUCAUUCCGGGGAGAAAAAAAACAAUGGCUAUUCUCUAGAUUCUUCACUUGCAUCAGUUUACAAAAGGUUCCUCCAGCCUCGGUCGCCAAGGACUUGGGAUUUGGCCAAACCACCUUCCGCCAUGUACGAAGCUUAUAAUACUCUGCACCCAGUGACUUUGUGAUAUGCAUGGUGACCAGAGGAUGGCGCCACACCUGGAUGUUUUGUCAAUUGCUGAAUUACUUUUUUUUUUAUCCUGAUAUUCCGUCUCUUUAAGUUUCAUAACCUUACUAGACUAGAGUCUGGCAAAAAAAAAAAAAACUACAAGUCCCAGCAUGACCUUUUUGUUACAGCAUGCAUUGAACUUGUGGCACCUGAGCCAGCCCUAAAAUCAGAAAGCAUUUGGCUGAUAGUACAAAGGGGGCUCCCUGCUUCAAUCUAAAAAACUAAAACUGAUAAACAAAACAAUGUGAAUGGUUGCUAUGGAAUAAGCUGCCUGACAAUUUGUAUGUGUGUGUAUAUAAUAAAA